GCAAAACUUACAAAAAAAACUUCAACGACACUGAUCAUCCUAAUCUACUCCACUGCCCAUUUCCCGAUGAAAGUUGCAACCUUCUGAAGCACUAUUAUUUUUACAAUCGCAAGGAGGAAUAUUUUGCCAAAGAAAAGUAUGAUGAUGAUGAUGACGACGACGACGAUGAUGAUAAAAGGAGGUUGAUCAACCAUUUUAGUCAUCCACACCCACUCAUUCUAGUACGUAACGAAUCAUUAGUUAUUCCUCUUCAUGAUCCCAUGAAGAAGACACAGCUGCUAUGUGAUGGAUGUGUCAGACCAAUCACGUCAGUGCCAUUUUACAAGUCUAGUGGUAGUAGUCCCCAAUAUAAUGUAGAAAACCCAUCAUCAUCAUCAUCAUCAUCAUCAUCAUCAUCCUGUGGUGGUUUUGUGCUCCAUGAGUGGUGUGCAAAGCUACCCUCUCAACUACAUGACCACCCGGGCCAUCCACAGCACACGCUACUACUUCUACUGCCAAAAGCAAAGUUGGCCGCUGUAUUCGUUUGUGAAGUUUGCCGGUUACCCUGCAAUGGUUUUGCGUAUGGGUGCACAACGUGUGGAUAUUAUGUAGACAUCAAUUGCUCCCUCAUACCGGAGGAAAUCACUCAUGAAGCUCACCCCAACCAUCUGUUGCGAAGAAUCAAGGGUUCAGACAUCCCAUCAGAUAAGUAUUGCAAGGCAUGUUGGGUCCUGAUGAAAUUUGGAUGGGGUUUCCAUUGUCCCUCUUGUGAUUUCUACAUCCAUACAUCGUGUGCUUUGUUAUUGCCUCGACAAGUCCGGCACAAGUACGACAAACAUCCGUUGAGUCUAAGAUACGGUCCAGUCGAGAACCAUCCGCAAGAAUACUUUUGUGAGAUUUGCGAGGAUGGAAUAUACUCAUUUAACUCGAGACAGUGGUUCUAUCAUUGCACUACAUGUGCCUGGUCCAUGCAUGCAGCUUGUGUUCCCUUAAUUCUACAAAGUGAACAAGCUGUUUAUUCCGAGUAUCCGAGAUGUGUCUUUCUCUUUCUGAAUGUUAAGUUUGGAAGAGAAGUUGAAAUCAAAGAUACUCACCCACACACUCUCACCUUUGUACAAGGGAUUGAAAGCCAUGGUCAAUGCAGUAUGUGUGAUGCCCAGUUGCAGUACAUGCCGAUUUUCAAGUGCCUGGAGUGCGAUCAGUUUGCGAUUCAUUAUCAGUGUCUCGAGAGCCGAUUAAUUAAGUAAUAAUAUGGAUCAUGUUCAUUAGCUUAUAUAUAUAUAUAUAUAUAUACUAGCAUGGUACCCGCACGUUGCAGCGGAUACCAUGGUACAGGUGGUCAGUGUGUCUUGGUUUGUCUUAUAAGUUUCUGUAUGUGUAGCUACUUCAAGAUAAUGUAUAGCUACACACCAAGCUAUGAACACAUGAGCGAAAAAUAAACAUAUACAAAAUAAUAUACG